UCUGUGGAAUGUGAGUGAAUGAAAUGAACGAAACAGGUCAAUAGCCGAUUGGCGAAUGGCUGUGGCGAAUGGCGUCUGGCUUUGUGUCGCGGACGCGGCCUCUGCCAUUUUGAAUUUGACCGUCUUAUUUAGCUCACGGCUCUACAAUGGCGGACGCAGCUCCAGCCGGUGGACGUGGCGGUUUCCGCGGUGGAUUUGGUUCUCGUGGGGGUGAUAGAGGCCGUGGUGGUCUUCGUGGACGUGGACGUGGUCGCGGUCGCGGCCGUGGACGCGGCAAGGAAGACCAGAAGGAAUGGGUUCCAGUGACCAAACUUGGACGCCUCGUGCGUGAAGGAAAGAUCGACAAACUGGAGAGCAUCUACCUGUUCUCCUUGCCCAUUAAAGAAUUCGAAAUCAUCGAUUUCUUCCUGGGGGCUUCCCUCAACGAUGAAGUGCUUAAGAUCAUGCCCGUCCAGAAACAAACCCGUGCCGGUCAGCGUACCCGUUUCAAGGCCUUCGUGGCCAUCGGAGACAACAAUGGACACAUUGGUCUCGGAGUUAAGUGCAGCAAGGAAGUAGCUACCGCCAUCCGUGGUGCUAUCAUCCUUGCCAAGCUCUCCGUACUCCCUGUCCGCAGAGGAUACUGGGGUAACAAGAUCGGAAAGCCUCACACUGUCCCAUGCAAGGUCACUGGCAAGUGUGGUUCAGUCACUGUAAGGCUGAUCCCUGCUCCCCGUGGUACUGGUAUUGUGUCUGCGCCAGUCCCUAAGAAGUUGCUUCAAAUGGCUGGUGUUGAGGACUGCUACACAUCCGCAAGAGGCUCAACUGGCACACUUGGAAACUUCGCGAAGGCUACAUACGCUGCCAUCGCCAAGACCUAUGCCUACUUGACCCCCGACUUGUGGAGGGACAUCCCAUUGACCAAGUCACCCUACUCUGAAUUCAAAGUCUAAAAUAUGAAAUACAACCACUUUGAUUAAA